UUUACAUGUUGGAGGGAGACAAACUGCGGGUUUAAAAACAAAAUGGUCCACAACAAAGAAACUGAAACCGAGCCUCGGUUUUACGGUUUUACCCGGAAAGUCUCUGCUGGGCUGAUUCAUCUCAUUUCUUUGAUCUUUUCUGUGUUUAUUGCCUUUCUGUCUCGACCCGGAACAAGUUGGUUUUCAUGGCAUCCUUUCCUAAUGACUCUGGCUUUUGGCUUCUUCAUGACAGAAGCCAUCUUCGUCUUCUCUCCUCAUGUAUCCCUCUUCAAAAGAUUCCCACACAAAACGAAAGGCCGUAUUCACUGGGUCCUGCAGAGCCUCUGCUGCCUCUGUGCAGCUCUGGGCCUGGCUGCCAUCUUUUACAACAAACACCUGCACGGCAAGGCCCACUUCACCUCGUGGCACGGUCUGCUGGGCCUGCUGACAGUCUGUGUGGUCGGCGGGCAGUCUUUGGCAGCUCUGCCGCUCGUUUACCCUUCUCUCGCCAAAGGCUGGUCCCUCGCCAGACUCAAGCGUUACCACGCAGCAUCUGGACUCGUCACCUACCUGCUCGGCAGUGCCAGCCUGCUGCUCGGGCUUUGCUCGGAGUGGUUCAGGGCGUCCGUCAGGGAAUACGCCUGGUACCUGUCUGCACUAUGCCCUGCUCUCAGUGCUGUCAUCAUAAUGAACCAAGUUUCCAGUGCCUAUAUUGCUAAAAAGCGACUGCAGYAUUAACAGGAAACACACUGUGGACAGCUAAAGAAAACCAUUUCGUUGUAGCUACACAAGUGUUUUUAAACAUUUAACCUCGRUUUGUAAAUGAUCUGCUUUUUUAAACGAUUUUAACAUGUUUGAAGUUACUUGGAGACCAGACCAAGCAGGAAACAAAAAAAGCACAGUAUACAGUAUGUGACUCAUAUGUGACCCAUCAGAUCGAAACGAGGAUUAAGUCCA